AUGGUUAUUAAAGGAUUAAUCGCCUUGUUCGCUUUUGCUGCCUUUAUAUGUGUCGACCAUCGUGCAUUCAGCAACCCGAUAUCUACCCUUUCCUAUGCACCUUCCAAAAAAAUUUUUGACCUCUGCUUAAAAAAAGAAAUAUUUGCUCCUGAUGGGUACACUCGCAAUAUCUGGACAAUAAAUGGAACAUUUCCAGGUCCCACUUUAAGAGUUACUAAGGGUGAUAGUGUAAAAUUGAGAAUUUAUAAUGAAUUAAACGAAGAAACUGCCAUCCAUGGUCAUGGAUUCUUCCAGCGAGGCACAAAUUGGUAUGAUGGCGUGCCAGGGCAAACUCAAUGUCCUAUACCCGCGCAUUCGUAUUUUGAAUAUAAUUUCAGCAUUCCUGAUCAAAGUGGAACGUAUUGGUAUCAUUCGCACUUCCAAACUCAAUAUGUGGAUGGAAUGAUUGCUGCUUUCAUAGUAGACGACCCCAAUGAUCCCUAUCUUAGUAAAUAUGAUGAAGAAUAUGUCGUUAUUUUACAGGACUUUUAUCACACCGAAGCAAGUGAACUUUUGGCUUCCUAUUUGAAGUCCACGGAUGGUGAUGAGCCUGUACCAGAUUGUGGGCUUAUUAAUGGUCUAGGAAGGUAUAACUGUUCUAGGGCUACUGAUGGCAAAUGUAAAGAUAAUUCACCAUUGGCUAAGUUUAAGUUCGAAUCUGGAAAAGUUUAUCGCUUAAGGAUUAUCAACGCAGGUGUCUUCGCUGGAUUCUUUUUUUCAAUUGAUCAACAUGAACUUGAGUUGAUAGAAGUGGAUGGAACCUACGUGAAACCUCAGAAAAUUCACCGACUUCCAAUAAAUGUAGCCCAACGCUAUUCUGUCUUGGUCCGUGCCGAUAAAUCUCCAUCCUCAUACUGGAUGAGAUCUGAAUUUAUGGAGGAUUGUCUCCCCGACUCGGCUAAUGAAACUCUCGAUGAUACUGUUAAAGCCAUUGUUAUAUAUGAUUCCUAUCCAGACACACCCGAACCAGACACUACUGCUUGGAAAGAUAAUCUAAUAGAAUGUAUCGACUUGGAUCCGAGCUUAAUGAAACCGUGCUUCCCACAGAAAAUCCCAGAUUCAGAUAAAACGUUUGAAUUUACAAUAGAAUUUAACAAUAACACCGGUUAUGAUAGGGCAUACAUUAAUAACUCAUCAUACGCGAUUAAACCGUAUGACCCUACCUUACUGGAAAUUUUUAAUGGAAAUAAGGAAUUUCCCGUUGACGCAAAUGUUUAUUAUAUUGAGAAGAAGCAAUAUUUAAUAGACACCGAUGAUGGCGAACAUCCAUUCCACUUGCACGGUCAUAAAUUUUGGAUAUUGGCAACAGGUAAUGGCACAGAAGUCAAUAAGUCAGAAUUUAACACCGUGGAUCCUUUACCAAGGGACACUACCACUGUACCUGCUUCAGGGUGGCUCGCGAUAAGAUUUAUAGCUGACAACCCUGGCGUGUGGGCAUUCCACUGUCACAUAGAGUGGCAUUUACAAGUAGGAUUGGUAGUCCAAUUCGUAGAAUUACCUGAUGAGAUUAAGAAACUGAGUCCACCGUCGGAUUGGAGAAGACUGAGUUACACACAUAUUAUAAAUGUUGGACGUAUUUCAAGUGUUAUGGUUGCUUGCAUUAUACGUAACAAAGAAGCCGACAGUCAUACACCGUACAAAGAAAUGAAUCCUAAAUCAAACCAGCCUCGUUCCCUACCUCCAAACACUAUUUCACAAAAUGAAUAUCAAGAUUGUCUAUCAUGCAAGCUGGUAGGUUCGGCGACAUUCGUCGGAUUAGGUUCUUAUUCAUUUCACCUGGCAAAGAAGUCAUCCAAUUUUGGAAAAGUUGGAUUGGGAAUGCUCGGUCUUUGUGAGUACCUACCUGAUUCAUUACUCAAUUUGAGCGGAGAGACUUAUGAAAUAUCCAAAAUUCCAGUAGGCAUAUCGGCGGGAGUUGUCCGACUUCUGAAAUAA